AAUUACGCUUGCAAAACGCACACGGCAAACGGUAUUUAUAAUACGAAAGCAAUAGGGAAAUUGGUCAGACAUAGCAGACACAUACAACAGUCGUUCAUAAGCGAAAUUUCUCAUGAACUCAACCAGUUUCAGUUCUAAUAAGUAACUAUAACAGGAAAUCCCAUGAAGUCGCAAUCGUCACUUAACAAGGACGUUAGAGAAACUGAUGGCAUACAAUGAAUAUAAAGACAAUCAGUCAUGGGCUGGUACUAACAAAAGAACUUUGAGCCCUGAUGAUUCCAGUGAUGAACCAGUUCUAGCUGUGAGUUCUAGAUCGGGGUCAGAUGGAGGAUGCUCUGGUUCUGGUUCUGGUUCUGGGUCCGGCGGAUCUGGAUCCAAAUCGCUUUCUCAGCAGAAUGUAUGUACAGCUUCCAUCACACACGUGACAGAUAAUAUAAGCUCAGAUUCUCAAGGGACAUCGGCCGAGUCACGAGAUCAUAGGAGUCAGGAGACUAGCCAAGAACCAACUCAUGAUGGCAUUAGCGAAGAGGAUAGUUUGAAGAGUAUUUCUCCUCAGAAUGGCGUGAUUUUUCAGGGUGCCGACUCGAAGACCGAUAACGAGGCCAUGACAGUCGUGGAGGCAAAUAGUGGUGUAGACGGAGACAGUGAAGUCUCUAAAGACAAAGUAGUUAGAACGCGUCGGAAAAAUUCGGAGUUAAAGAAGUCGUUUGCCUGCGAGUACGAUCGCUGUGGACGGGCUUACGCAUCGCAUCACGCGCGUUGGCUGCACUAUCGCCUUAAACAUAAACAAGGAGAUAUUUUUACAGAGAUGAAAAAGAAGCACAAUACUGGAGGGACUCAGAAUUUAGUUCCUAUCCAAUCGUCAGGCUCGAUGUCUGUUAUGUCUGUGUUGGUUAUGGGUGCGAUGCACUCUAAUAGCGAUGCAGUACAACAGAAUCAGACCGGGUCGAUCGUGCAGACCUCCCAAGGCCCAAUGGAGUUUCAAGGUACAGCCCCAAUACAGUCACAAUCAGUUAUGGUCCAAACUCAUCAGAUGCGAGAAACAAUGAUGAUAAAUACUCAACACACGAUGAAAGGCCAACCACAAAUGAUGACGCAACCCCUGCAUAUUGCUCAGCCCAUGUGUGUUCGCAGAGCAACCGAUGGGCAAUUGAUGAUCGCUGUUGAAGCUACACAGCCUCAACAUCAACAUCAGCAACAGCAACAGCAGCCGCGACCGCCACAUACUCAUGUUCAUGUUCAUGCACAUUCGCAUUCUCAUUCGCAUUCUCAAAGGAGUUCUCUGCCGAUGUCAGUCUUCGGUGUCGACCCUGAGGCUACAAGCGAUCAGUCACUGUCUUCUGGACCUAAACGGCGAUUCACAACUGGAUAUAAUUCAGCUCAGGAUUUCUCCGGAGGGUAUUCUAGUCAACAAAGUUUGUCAGGAGUACAACACAGCGCGUACUCUAAUCGUAAGCCAACUAUGAAUAUCGGGCAUAAGUAUCAGACAAGUCAUCAUAGGCACCAUUACAAACAGAGUGGCCAAACACAAAAGGAAGGCCAAGUUCAAUCAAGAGGACUUAUUUCAGGGGAUGGUCACAAACCAUCGCGCAAGAGAAAUCGGGCGAACACGGUUGAUGUAGUAGCAGAAGCGACUGUCUACCAAACUGGAAACCACCAGAGUGGUGGUACAAGUUCCGAAAUGAACGGUAUGCGCCAUAGUUUUCCACAAGAUUAUUCUGCGUUCCAGAAUCCUGCUCAACAGCAGAACAACGACCAACAAAAAAUCGUCCCUCAGCAGCAGAAUGUGGGUACUCAACAGCACGCUGUUGUACAAGCUAAUACUCAGCAGCUUCACAAUGCACAUCAAUGGGGUGGGGUACAACAUCAGAACUUUGCCCAUGUGCAGGGGUGGAAGAGAAGUCAUCACCAGAUAGCGGAUCAUAGUCAGGGCAAAGGGAGAGCGACGGUUUUUAACGAAAAUGCAAACACAGAUCAGUACGCACGGUCACAUUUACAAACGCAGGCUCAAGGGAGCUGUAGUAGUAGUGACGGGAGCACAGAUUCAGGCCAAAAAGUACAAUGUACGUGUUCUAAUCAGAAGCCAGUUCGACAAGGCCAUGGUCAUCAACCAGGUACAUUAUCAGCUGCUAUCUUUCCGGCAACUCAAAUUUAUGAUCACGAACAGGUCCUGCCACAAUUCGCCUAUGGACACAAUGUACAGGCACAGGGGGUUUCUUCUACUGAAUUCUUACACCUCGGUCACAUUAAUGAGUUCAAACCGUUCCAUGAUGCGCAUGUGAAAACUGCUGGUCAGGAUCACGUUCAGGUCCAACACGUAGGAUAUCCUGCUCGGCAAAUGGACUUCUUCGGAUUGAAUUAUACGAAUGAACGAAUGGGUGCGGAUUCCGCGUACGCAUCGGAACGCAGCCAUAGUUAUAUUCGUAAUGACAUGCAUGGAAAACACAAUGAGACUGCGAAUAUGGUGUACGGUCCGGGUAAUCAGAAUCGGAAUUUGCACCAUACCACUGGCAACAACAAACAAAAUAGUGGUACGGGCUACACAAAUAGUUUCAACAGCAGUAGCAAAAACAGUUACAACAACAGCAGCGAAGGAUCCUCCGAAGAAAGCGGCCCGGGAAACAUCUGUGGUGGCCAGUAUUACCACGAUGCGGAUAGUAGUUCCCUUAUAGCCGCUUAUUCUAUUCACCCCAGGACCGGUUAAGGACUAAUAUACUCGAUCUGAAAUUGGUGUCUUAAUCGAAUUAUAACGAUGUAUUAUCUCGAACCGUUAUAAUACCUAUUAUUUUUUAUGUGCCGGAAUCCCUUUGACCGAAGCGCGUGCGGUGUCGUACCGGGUUCUAAGCAUCUAUUCUUCGACCUUCGCUAUAUCAGUGGCUGAAUAUCCCAUGUUUUCUGAUGAAGUUGUUCUUUUAGACUUCACCCUGCGAUUAUAAAAUUCAGCAACAAUAUUUACAUACAUACUAUACUUCUAGCGAUGGGCAGGGCCCAUCAUCAUGCUACUACUACUAGUUAGUUGCAUUACAACUACUAGUAGAGAGAAUGAAUGAGUGUUGACACUUGACACUUGACAAUGUGUUCGACACUCUGUCGGACUGUCAGUCUGUAGGUGUGUCCGUGUGUGUCGAGUCUGUAACGAGUGUCGACAAUUCGAUCUCUCAGAAUAUUUUGUUUGUUUUUAAUAAAAACAGCAAAAAGUUUAAAAUAAAACAUCGAUUCUCGAAUUCCA